AUGAGUACACCAACAGAAACAAUCCCACUUGAAAAUCAACUAUAUAUUAUGGCAACAUUUAUAUCGUUAUAUGUUUUGAUAUUUUUCUUUGGUAUUUGUGGAAAUGUACUCGUUGUUCUUGUUGUUUGCCGUAAUAAAGCCAUGCAAACAGUAACAAAUGUCUUUAUUACUAACUUGGCACUUUCUGAUAUUCUAAUGUGCUGUCUAGCAGUUCCGUUUACACCUAUAUCAGCGUAUGGCAAUACUUGGUAUCUUGGUAGAAUACUUUGUCAUUUAGUGCCAAUGUCAUUAGGAAUAUCAGUUUAUGUUUCAACAUUAACCUCAUUAGCAAUUGCUGUUGAUCGUUAUUUUGUUAUUGUUCAUCCAUUUCGUUCACGUAUGCGUUUAGGUGUAUGCAUAUUAUUAAUAAUUGUUAUAUGGAUUGUUGGUAUUUCUAUAUCAUUACCAUUAGCAAUAUAUAUGCGAUUUGAUAGUACAAAAUGUGAAGAAUAUUGGCCACAAUAUACAUCUCGACGUUUUUUUAAUUUUUCAUCAUUAAUAUUACAAUAUUUAAUUCCAUUUUCAGUUAUAUCAUUUAGUUAUUAUAAAGUAUGGGUUGCAUUAGCACGUCGUUCAUUACCAGGUCGUACACGUGUACGUGAAGCUGUUGAAAUAUGUCGUAAAAAACGUACAAAUCGUAUGUUAAUUGCAAUGGUUGUUAUAUUUGCAAUAUGUUGGUUACCAUUAAAUAUUGUUCAUAUGGUUGCAGAAUUUCAUCGUUCACAAUUAAGUCAUUAUAAAGUACUUUUUUUAAGUACACAUGUUAUAGCUAUGUCAUCAACAAUUUAUAAUCCUUUUUUAUAUUCAUGGUUAAAUGAUAAUUUUCGUAAAGAAUUUCAAAAAAUUGUACCAUGUUUAUUUAAAAUAUGUUGGUGUUUAAAUCGUCGUCAAACAAGUAAUUUAUCAACACAAUUAACAAAUUUUGGUGAUGGAGAUAUAUAUGAACGUCCAUCAACAUAUCAAAUGCCAGGUGAAUCAACAAUAGGUUCAUAUUCACAACAAUAUUCACAUAUAAAAUCUUCAACAUCAAAUGGAAAAAUAAAUGGUGUAUUAAUGAAAAAAUUAAGUAAUCAAGAAACUUCUUUUUCAUCUCCUAUUGAUGAUACAUCAGUAUCACUAACUCCACAACAACAUGAUGUAUUAAUUACACCAACUAAUAUAAAUUAA